AUGGGCGUAAGCCCGGGCGAGGUGGAGUCCACACCAGGCCAAAGCCCUUACUGUGCUCAGAUCUUGAUCGCCCUUGCUCGUUGUGCCAUUCCCAAGCCAAUCCUCCACCUAGCCCUAGCUUCUGCCACGUCCUUUAUCGCUGCCCUAUUGCAUCCCAAGAAGUCCCCGCUAAUCCUCUGUAACAAACUCCUCCCCGCCACGGUUCUAGCGCCAAGAAGCAGGGCGCUAUCGGGGAUUCCACUCCGCGCAUUGUCGAAAUCGUGCUCGGGUCCGCCGGAUGAUUUCAGCUACAGGGAAGCGGUGUCGAUGGACACUGACGAGAUCGUGGCGACGCGAUGGCCUCAGCUGAUUGAUAUUGUGCGCGAGAGAUCACUCGUGGCGGUGAGGAACGUGAAUGCGGGUGAAAAUGAUGAGCCGGAGCUGGUGAUUCUCGUCGGGACUGCUCAUGUGUCCCAGGUUUCGGCGCAACAGGUCGAGCGCGCGAUCAAGACAAUCCGUCCCGAUAAUGUCGUUGUGGAGCUCUGCAAAAGCAGGAUUGGAAUUAUGUAUUUGGAUCCGUCAAUGGCGAAUUCCACCGCGAAUUUCUUAUCGUUGACAGGCACGGAUCGCAAUGCAGCUUUGGCUCGUAGUUUUAAUCUCGGUGGGAGAUCAGCAUUUUUUCUGAGAUUGCUGCUUGCCAGUGUUUCAGAAAAGAUUUCUAAGUCUGCGGCUGUGCCAGUUGGCGAAGAGUUCAGGGCUGCAAGAAGAGCAGCGAAAGAAGUUGAAGCUCAGCUUGUUUUGGGUGAUCGGCCUAUUGAAAUCACUUUGAAUCGGGCAUGGCGCGCUUUGACGUGGAAGGAGCGUCUGCGUCUUGCUAACACGUUCUUGCAGACUUUCCUGUUUGCCAAUGUUGACGCAUCAGAAGCAGCGUUGCAGUCGAUGAAGUCCGACGAUGUGAUUUCAAGCAUGUAUUCAUUUAUGAGCUCUCAGUUUCCUUCUCUAUUAAGACACCUCGUUUGGGAGCGCGAUCUGUAUAUGGCGUGGUCUUUGAAGCGCAGCAAAGCAGUUACGGGCUGCAAGACUGUGGUUGGAGUUAUUGGAAGGGGUCAUCUCUCCGGAGUAGUUUACGCUCUCCUUCACAGUCAGGAACACUUGAGUUUCCGGGACCUGGUCGGUAAAACUGAAGACUCGAUAGCAGAUCCCUUCAGAAUUUACAGAGGCAUUAUUGCCGAAGGCAUACUUGGGCUUCUUCUAUGGUUGCUCUACAGCUACAUUAGCGCGAACUUGGCUGCGUAGUCCACCAAAUGUUCCUCGGUCAGGCUGUUAGCUAUUUACAGCACGGGCUGGGAAAGUACUCUCUUGACAUGGUUGGAGAGUUUGGCCUGUACUUUAUUGGUACCUGGAAAGACGUUCAUAAUUCUGGCCGCA